AUGAAACAAGGCUAUCGCAACCUGUCACAAGUGAGUGAUAGUGACGAAGAAGCAGUCUUGGAACUGCAGUCCUCGGACGCCGAAAGUUCUUCAGAUGAUGAAAGCGUUUUAAGUGAGAACUACAUAAAGACUGAAAGCGCCGCAUCUCCUGAAGGGACAUCCUCGACAUGGAAGGCAACAAUGAACUUGUUAAACUACAUGGAAGGGGCUGGAUUGCUUGCUUUGCCGUAUUCUAUCAAAAAGGGUGGAAUCACGGCUGUAAUAUCACUGUUUUUACUGCCAAUUAUCUCCUGGUACGCGGGAAAAGUGUUAGUCGAGAGUUUGUACGACAUCGACGACAAAAAAGGGAAGAUUCGUAUAAGAUCAACUUGGAAGGAGAUAGGAGACGCGAUAUAUCCUAAAUAUGCAGGUAAAAUUGUCGCGUGGAAUCAAGACAUUGGUUUUGUUUUUGCAGCAGUCAAUUAUCUAAUUCUCUGUGGAUCUCUCACCUCCCACGCCCUACCAACAGUACCCCUCUCGCAAACUUCCUGGACCUGCUUCGCUGCACUGCUUAUUCUACCAACAAUGUUUUUGAAAUCGUACUCCCAGAUUGCAUGGCUAAGUACUAUUAGUAUAGUCGCCAUUGGUCUAACUACAGCACUAACAGUAUGGUAUGGUGUUGAAAAUGUAGAGAAUUGGAAUCCCGGUACACUUUUGUUUUGGGACUUCGAAGGAGUCUUCAUUUCGUUGGGGAUCACUUUGCUUAGUUACGGAGUGGCCCCGAUCAUUCCUUCGGUAGAAAAAAGUAUGAAGAAUAAAUCGGACUUUGGAAAAGCGUUGGCUUCGGCAUUUGCUGUAUCAGUUGUAAUUAAAGUGAUUAUUGCAGUCUUUGGAUUUUUGACUUUUGGAUCCAAGACAGAUGAAGCCAUUGCUAACAAUUUUCCCGUUGGACCGCUAAACAUAACCGCUUCUAUAAGUCUCGUUAUUAGCAGCUUACUCUCAAUCAUACUUUGCUUGAGACCUGUAUGUGAAUCUCUCGACGAAUCGACUUUUUUUUCAGAAAUAACUUCUGAUAUUUCCAAUACCAUACGUAAUUUUAUAAUUCGGGUUUCGUUGGUAGUCAUCACACUGGCGAUAGCUAUUUUUCUGCCACACUUCGCGCUCAUAGCAGCUCUUAUGGGAUCUUUUCAGGCUGUAUUUUCCGAGCUUUGGAUUCCUUUUUUAGUGCAUUUGAAGGUAAAAUACCACGAACUCAGCAGAUUGCAGAUUUUUGCUGAUGUUAUAGUCCUGGUAUUUUCAAGUGCGUUUUCUGUUUUCGGAAAUUACUUCUCUGUAAAAGCUCUUGUUCAGGCAAGACUAAACAUGGUUUAAUUUAGAAAAGCGCUUUACUACCUUCUGUUAACUAUUUGCAUCAUGCCACCUGAGUACCUGGCAAACCAAGCCCGACAAAUCUAUGUGGCAAUUAAUUUAGUAAUUUAAUUGGUUAUCCAUAUGCUGUUCAGGACAGGCUAAACAAACCUGGCUUUUUAAGCGUCUCAGUAUGCAUUGCCUUAUCGAAAGUUGUUUCCGAUAGAGUGACAGAUUUUCGAGCACAAUGACUACACAAUUCACUCUUACCAACAUGUUGAAUUGCACAAUAUGAUGAUAACAAUAUUUUUAAUAAAAGUAUUUAAAAAUAAUAGUCAUUAUCGUCAUCAAUGAAUGCUACUCGGGGAUCAGGGAAAAAUUAUUAAAAAUGGAAGUAUCUCAAUGAACUAUAUAACAUUUCUAUAUAAGAAACCAAAUCACUAGUUAGGACUGGGUGGCCAAACACUUAUAAAAACUCUUUGAAAUGAGAGUAGGAAGCGUUCUACGCUCACGGUGUGACUCAAUAACCCAGAAUUCCUUUCGAGCACGAACUAGCCAAGUUGAGAUACGCGACACUAGCCUCCCACGCAGACAUUCUUAGGGGUUCGUCACCCGAUCCUGCCCCACUGACAGGAACACAGGAACGGGUGACGAACCCCUAAGAACGUCUGCGUGGUAGGCUAAGGCGACACUGGCUCUAAGAAAAUGGCUGAAGCAUGUCCAACGAAAAUAGCAAGAGAAGAAAUUCCAACUAGAUACCAAGUUAUGGCAUUGUAUAAAUGCAGACUUUUGAUUUUGAAAUCACUUUUCUGCCUACAAAAUCAACGACGAAAAGUGUAAUUUUUGGGGAUGGUUUUCGGCCAAAAAACUGGCUUUUUGGACUUUGCUGCCAAACGAACGGCGAUAUAAAGUGGAAAUUGCGGGAUUCAGUUGGUUUGUUUGCUUUCACGAUUAUAAAAUCUACCAUUUAGUGUUAUGAAUAAAUGUUCAAAAGGUUGCAACUAAAGUAAGACAAGAAGCAAAUAGGUAAAAUAUGUAAGGUAUUUUUUACGCAUAUAUGCGUUGAAAGGUUUUAUGCGGUGUUAGGCUUUAAAGGGUUAAUCUAAAUUGCUUUUUGUCCGUAACUUGACAUUAAGAUAUUGCAACCUCUGCAAACUAACGAUAAUUUACAGUAAGAGUAAUAUUGGAAAGUUUUUUGACAACCAAAGCAAAAGAUAAGGACUUAGAUAGGGAGGCUAGUUGUUACAAGCCCCCCAGAGCUUCAUAUUAAGCCAAAGCGCAAAACACGAAGGAGGGUGGCGAAUUUUGAAAUUAAAGACUAAGAGCGAAAUAUUCUUAAUUCAACAUAAACAGCAGCGUAUAGCUGGUCACCCUAGAGUGUUGACAGUGUUGCAGUGUGGGUGAAAAUACUUGUCACGUGACUUUUUGAAGCGAAAACCUCAACCCGAGGCCACUCAUAACCCUGACUGUUAACUACUAACUCACUUGGAGGUCAAAGCACCAAUAGUUAUUUUGUAAUCCCAGGAAAGCCCCUUGGUUAGAGUUUAGCUGGGUCUUACAUUUUCUGGGAGUGUCAAAUAUCUAGAUCACACGAUACAAAUCGUUCCCAUAAAGCAUAGCAAUAUAUCUCUGCAACAACACACAUAUACAAUACAACAACUUUUAUUACUUCUUUUGAAGGCUAUUCUGGAGUUCUUGCGUUACAUUUUUUUUAAUUCACUGAGUCAAGUGAUUCGCUAAUUCUCCAUUGUUUUUUGCAUACUCAGACGUUGGGUUGUGUUGCAGUUCUGAAAAAGGAAAUGCGUGGGAGAUCUGGCUACCAGAUUAGCGUGUACAUUUUGGGGUUUAAUUGCCUCAGAGAGGCCCUCAGAGACCUUAGAAGACCUAAAACGACCCCAUGUGAGGGAGUCUGGAAUUUGGUUUCCGUGAAAGUUUUGAAUGUGGUAUCCGGAUUGCUGGGCUUUGGAAUCCUGAAUGUAGCUCAAGGAGUUCCGGAAUCCAGUCACUGGAUCCAGAAUCCACGGCGUGGAAUCCAGAAUCCAACACUGUCUUGGAUUCUCUUACAUGGGGCGAUAGAGUCAUGCCGGGUACAUUUGGCAUAGUUGAGGGCCCAGUUACCUUAUUAUGCCAGGCUGUGUAACAAAAGCAAUACUUAAAGCUAAUUAAAAUUGUGAGCGGUGAGGGUAAACACCGCUUAAAGGUGUUUGUCUGAGUUUUCUAGUCGGAUUUUUUUGGGGGGUCUGAGUUUUCCAUAUUUGGCGAGGUCUGCAUAAUUUCUUGCUCUUUACGAAUUGGAUCCUUUGCGGUUUUUUCUUUCAAAAACACCCAAAUCCACCGAAAAUUAAUCAUCCUUCACUGACCUAAAAAAGGCCCAAAUAAUGAAUAGUCAUGCCUAGUUCUCAAAAAUAAAUUGCAACCAGCGAUCGAGUUCAAAGGUCAAAAGAAGCUGCUAGAGUCACGAACCGAAGAAUUUCGAAGGAUGCAUGAUUUUGGCUGUCGGUUCGCUUCCUGUUCAACUCACGAUUAAUCAGUUUUUUAAAAAAAAUGUUAUUUAAGCCAGGUUCGAAAGAAAACUGGACACAAGCAAAACUCCUUUUAGAGGAGGGGGGAGAUACAGGAGGGUAAAUCUCCCUCCUCCCAACUUUUUCAGUCAAUUCCUCCCUCCUCCCCAUUGUGUACCUCCCCCCUCUUAGACGAGCCUUCGUACAGUUCACGACAUUUACAUAUAACAAAUAACGAAUCACGGUAAUUAGCAUUCCCAUUUCACUCUUCACGGUAAUAAACAUGAAAGUGAUAAAAGAUCUUAGUCUUUUGAAAUAUUUCCAUUGAGAAUUUCUUUCUUAUUUCAUGCCCGAGCGUCAAUUACAACGUUUUUUUACUCCAUGGAAGAAAAAGGUCAAAACCCAUGAACGAGCAAAGCUGUAUCGUUGAGUUCAUCUCGUGGCUUUACUGAAGUACAGUUUGUCAGUGUCUAUUUGUUUGAUCUGAUUGAUAACCUGCGCUUAGACUCUAAGCUAAGGAUAUGUUCACACCAUGUCGGAUAGCUUUGGCGCUGCCACGAGACCAUGGGUUUCUGUAACGAAGCAAAGCAACGCCGCCCGGCGCGCCGAUCUCCAAAGUGAAGAGUGACAUAUCAGAUAGGUGUUCAUAUUGUACAGGAAAGCUCCUCGUGUUGGCCAGCCUUUCUCCGAGAAUCGUCGGACAUUCGUUCUUCUUAUUUUACGCAUGGUAAACAGUUUUUGCAGCAGAAAAAAAAAAUUUAACAAGUUUCAAGUAUUACAAAGGAUACGAGGAGGUGAAUAAUUUUACAGUCCACAGAUCACAGCAGCUACAAAAUGUUAAAAAUUUUUCUUGAACGAGGGCACUUUCUUUACAGCCAUGGCAUGGGCUAAUAGAGUUCCUUUGCAGAAAUGCUUGAUACUCUCUUUAUAUUAGAAUAUUUUAAGAAUAAACCCUAAGCUGAAAAGGAAUCAAUUUUGUGUUUGAAAAUCUAUAAAUACAAUACAAUUUAUGUUUUUAACUCAACCGUAUAAAAUUUAUUAUUCCUUUCACUAAACGGCAAGAACACUCUUAAUUGAAACCCCAAGACAUUCUAAAGCGGAAACGCCAUAAGCUAUUAUUUAGUAUUAAGAAUAUUUUCAGCCUAAGAUCAACACAAAAAUAAGAAAUUUCAGCCUGGGCCGGAAAAACAACAUUCUUAUAUAAAAAGAGAAUGUUCGACUUGUUCAAAAUAGGUAUUCUUAAGUUCAAGGAAACAAAGCCGAUUGAGGUUGUGAGUUGCAGUCAUCCAUUUCUUUCUUUAAAGUCUAGCGGUUCUUUUCAGUUUGUUCGCAGAACGUGAAAUGCGAAUAAUUAGCAUACGCUAUGACUUCUCUGUACGUAGCCCGCAGCAUGAUUUAAUUGUGCUAUAAAAUGAGCCACUCUCUCCCUCAUUGAUUGUAGUCUACGAAGACGCUUGCUGCAACUACACUUGUCAGUUUCUCACUUACCAACUGAAAACCUGCAAUACGUAAGUACUUAAAAAGUAGACCUUUGUCAAAAAUAGUUUUCGCAAUUAAUAGAUGUAGACAGAAAAGUCCACGGACAAAUGGUUACUCUCUAUUAUCAAUGGUGCGUAAAUUCCCAAAUUUAUACAGAAUUUGUUCAAGUUUUCCCACUGAAUUUAUGUUCGACUUCAUGAUCACGAUCUUACAGACCUUGUUUCCCCUUUGCAAAAGGCAAAAGACUUAAAUACUCAUUCAACUGAAAUUUCUACUUGCCUACUCACUUCAGUGGACAGCUUAGCGAUUACCGAAUCUCUUUUAUUCAGGCCGGCAUGACCACACGAAUCCUGAGAGUUUUGAAAAAUUGAAAAGGCAUAAUUUUUUUUUUCACGCUUUGGCUGAGAUUCGACAACUGGCAUGGUGAUAAAGAUCGCGCUUUAUCUUGAGUUGUUUCGCUUCUUACAAUUCGUUGUCAAACAGGACAAAAGUUCUCUAUGCAGUUCCUCAUCUCAACUUCACUGCACUCGCCCGCCUUGGCUUGUUUGCGCGCCCGACCAAAACCGCCAUGCUGCGUGCAGGUUACAAGUUCAUCUUCUUCUGUCACAGUUUGUAGCGCUGGGAGAGACAUUGCUGAGAACGCUGACAAAGGCAUGGAAGUAUGCAGGCACGGGAUAGUACGACUUUUCGUGAGUGUAAUACUUUGCAGCUCACUUCGUAGUUCGUUUGAGCAAUUCCUGUAGUAGAAAGCACUCAGUAGGGACUCGCUACAUUCUCGACCCCAGUGCUUACGGGUUUGGGAAUGCGCGCGUUUGAUCUCUCUCCUCUACAUGCGCAGAAGAGCUCUUGGUCGAGAUUGGGACUCCCUACGGCGACCGGAAGUAAAAACGUCCAAAAACUACACAGGGUUUCGCAGAAGCGCCAAACCUGUUUUUUGGCGUGGUCGCUACUACGUGAGUCUAAAAUUCGACUUUUCCCCCAUUUCUUACGAUCACUGGUUUUGAAACCUAUCCUAGAUUGUUUUCCAUUUUAUCAACAGCGUAUUUAACAUUUCUGUUUUUCCGUAAUUACGUCUUCACUGCGUUUUACUAACAGCGAAAGCAAAUGAGCGAAAAACCCCAUACUCACUGUUUGGGUGCUUUGGGUGCCGCUUGCGUGCUUGAUGCAAAUGAGAAACCACGUGUAGGUUUUCCACCUGCGUUGUCAGAAGCGUUAAAGGCUCAUCUUGGUCAACGAACAAAGCAUAUAAAGAAGUGAUAUUUCUAUCAGCCAGUUCAUCCCGUUGAGUAAUGGAGAAGAAAAUCUUGGGUUUUCUUGAAAACCGUACCCUCUGUACCAUUAAUUAGUUUCUCGUGACAAUUUAAAGCGCUCCUUCACAUUGGGUACUGAUCUACGGACUUUAUCGACGUUCUCUUUCGCGUCCUUAAUGUUACCUUGUUCGCAGGCAUACCUUUUUUGGCACAUCCAAGGGUUUUAAGAAAUGAAACUGUUUCAGAAUUAAUAGUUACAACUGCAACAUCAGUUAAAAAAUGUUUUCUCCUAAGUACAAAUUCCAUGUACUUGAACGAAAGAUGCUGAUUUCACUGAGCCAUCAGAAUUUCUUUAUUGACCAUAUUCAAUGAUGACAGUCACAGCAUUUUUUUCUGGGUGGUACUCUUAAAUUUGACAAUCUUCUGAGUCCGUGAAAACAAUGCUUUCAUUUCUCGAACACAGAAAACUAUUAACGUUAAUGCUGAAUUAUUCGGCGUUGAAUUGUCUACAGACAACUCUAUGUCUGACUUUGCCUGGGACGGCCCUGGUACCUUCUACAUGAGCGUUUUCACAUGACGUCACGGCGUUCAUAUUGGUGUUCCAAAACAAUGAAACGGCGGCCAUGUUGCUAUUCCAAACCAGUCCUAUGGAAGUUGAAACAUUUCCUUAUGUAAACGCUUUCUUUUGUUCCGAUAAAUUUGCAUAGAUGCUGGUCACGUGAGUGAAAACGCUCUAUCGGAAUAUUAGUGUCAUUAGUCUCAUCAGCGGGACAGAUAAAUGGCACGAAAUAGUUUCGCUAUUUGAAAAACGUUGUUGUUUUUAUUACAAUCAACGAUUGUAUUCAGUAUAAUUAAUGCAAUGUUACUUAACUGUUAGCUCUUCAUUUAUCAGUUAACUGUUAAUUUUUUGGCCAGUUAUCAGUUAACUACUGUUUUGAGGCCAAUCAUCAGUUAACUACUAGCCCUAGUGGUACCCUCUUGGUUUCACGCUUUUGUUCUCCAGAACCAACUUGACUGCCGUGACGUCAGCUGAAAAUAUGGAAUAGAUACAGUAGAAACUCUAUUCGUAGGACGGCACCCUCGGGACAAAUGCAAGUGUUCCCUGAACAGAGGGGUCCCCUAAAUGGAGGUUGGGCUGGGCUUUUGUAUAUUUUACUUCUGCGGCCAUUUCAAGCAGCUAGAUAAUGUAUAAAAAAUCAUGAUUAACUUUUCACUGCGAUGUUGUGUGUUGAAGUCCCACAAGUGCAGUACAUCGAUUUAUUAAUAAAUUAGUUCAUGUUUUGUGAAAGCCGUCGCCAUUGUGACUACUGAAAACUUAAACUUAUCGAGGAUUUUUGUGGUUAGUCACCUUUUGAGUGCUAAGGUGUACCCUGAACAGAGGUUGAAUCCGGGUUUUGGGAUCCAGAAUCGAAAAAGAGACCCUUUCCCAUGAAUAGAGGUGUCCCUUCAAUAGAGGAAACAAAUACAAAGAUUAUGUGAACAUUUUUCGCGCACCAAAUUUUGUGACCCCUGAAUGGAGGUGUCUCUUGAAUACAGAUGUCCCAAAGGAUAAGUUCCACUGUGAUAUAUAUAUACAUCAUAAAUUCUGUUACAGUACCACAAGUGAAGAGUAAAACAAUAUGUCUUUCGUCUCUCACCUAUAUUUUGGCGGUGUUAAACGGCCUUCAUCAGGGUGAAUGGCCGUUACAAGCAUCACUCACCAUUGUUACGUGAUAACGAACAAAUUUGAAAACUUGCACGCGCUAAUAAAGGAAGAUAAACACGCGCGCGCUCUUACCGGACACGAGACCUAGUCGCCCUAUUCUGGCUGUAAAAAAAGUCACUUAUAUUCAAGCCCUGAGUUGUAAAGGGAGUGUCUUCUACUGUAUUUAUUGAGUUGUGAAGGGAGUGUCUUCUAAAAGAUGCUUGUGAUAGGUCAUAAAUUCUGUUUAGUAUACAAAUGGUUUAUUUAAGGUUUACACGAAAAAUUGCUCACCUCUUCUAUUUUUCUUUUAGAUAUUUCGCAAUACACAAAGAAAUGAAACAAGGCUAUCGCAACCUGUCACAACUGAGUGAGAGUGACGAAGAAACAGUCUUAGAACUGCAGUCCUCGGACGCCGAAAGUUCUUCGGAUGAUGAAAGCGUUUCAAGUGAGAACUAUAUAGCGACUGAAAGCGUUGCAUCUCUGCCUGAAGGGACAUCCUCGACAUGGAAGGCAACAAUGAACUUGAUAAACUUCAUCGAAGGGGUUGCAUUGCUUGCUUUGCCGUAUUCUAUCAAAAAGGGUGGAAUCACGGCUGUGAUAUCACUGUUUUUACUGCCAAUUAUAACCUGGUACGCAGGAAAAGUGUUAGCCGAGAGUUUGUACGACAGCGACGAGAAAAAAGGAAAGACUCGAGCAAGAUCAACUUGGAAGGAGAUAGGAGACGCGAUAUAUCCUAAUUAUGCAGGUAAAAUUGUCGCGUGGACUCAAGACAUUGGUUUUGUUUUUGUAGCAGUCAGUUAUCUAAUUCUCUGUGGAUCUCUCACCUCCCACGCCCUACCAACAGUACCCCUCUCGCAAACUUCCUGGACUUGCUUCGCUGCACUGCUUAUUCUACCAACAAUGUUUUUGAAAUCUUACUCCCAGAUUGCAUGGCUAAGUACUAUCAGUAUAGUCGCCAUUGGUCUAACUACGGCAAUAACAGUAUGGUAUGGCGUUGAAAAUAUAGAGAAUUGGGAUCCCAGUACCCUCUUGUUUUGGGACUUCGAUGGAGUCUUCAUCUCGCUGGGAAUCAAUUUGGCUGGUUACGGCGUGGCAGAGAUCAUUCCUUCGGUAGAAAAAAGUAUGAAGAAUAAAUCGGACUUUGGAAAAGCGUUGGCUUCGGCAUUUGCUGUAUCAGUUGUAAUUAAAGUGAUUAUUGCAGUCUUUGGAUUUUUGACUUUUGGAUCCAACACAGAUGAAGCCAUUGUUAACAAUUUUCCCGCUGGACCACUUAACAUAACCGCUUCUAUAAGUCUCGUUAUUAGCAGCUUACUCUCAAUCAUACUUUGCUUGAGACCUGUAUGUGAAUCUCUCGACGAAUCGACUUUUUUUUCAGAAAUAACUUCUGAUAUUUCCAAUACCAUAUGUAAUAUUAUAAUUCGGGUUUCGUUGGUAGUCAUCACACUGGCGAUAGCUAUUUUUCUGCCACACUUCGCGCUCAUAGCAGCUCUUUUGGGAUCUUUUCAGACUGUAUUUGCCGGGUUUUGGAUUCCUUUGUUGGUACAUUUAAAGGUAAAGUACCACGAACUCAGCAGAUCGCAGAUUUGUGCUGAUGUUAUACUCCUGGUAUUGUCAAGUGCGUUUUCUGUUUUGGGAAAUUACUUCUGUAUAAAAGCUCUCGUUCAGGCAAGACUAAACAGGUUUUAGAAAAGCGCUCUACUGUCUUCUGUUAACUAUUUGCAUCAUGCCACCUGAGCACCUGGCAACACGUGCGCGACAAAUCUCUGUGGCAAUUAAUUUCAAAGAAAUUGAUGGCAAUAAACUACCCUCGGAUCUGCUGCGGUCAGUUAACCAAUCGAGAGACAACGGUGCGUGCUUACGGCUUACCGCAGUGCCUCUAAUGUCGAUCAGGGCUUGGUGCUGAAGAGACUCUCUGCGUUGAAGGUAUAGAGACUCUCUGCGUUUAAGGUAUAAUAUGCCCCAAGUGUGUUUGUAGUGAGAAGUAUAUACCGGCUGCCAUGCCCUGUCAUGCAAAAAGGGAGGGUUCGUGGCGAAGAGACACGAUGGUGUUCGCAACCUACUUACCUCACUUAUUGGUAAGGUUUGCAUCAACGUCGAAAUCGAACCACACCUACAACCUCUCGAUAAGGAGCGAUUCAACCUCAGAAGCGCGUAACAAGCCCGGAGGCAAGGCAAGGCAAGGUCUCGUGGAGUUCAGCAUUUUUUGAUGUCAGAGUAACACAUGUUAACUCCAAGUGUAACCAGGGAAAAACAGCAUCCACAAUCUUCAAGGAGAAGGAGGAGGAGAAACAGCGGAAGUACCAACAGAGGGUACUGGACGUUGAAAUGGGAUCCUUCACUCCCCUAGUUUUUGAAACCAACGGUGGGAUGGGAGCCGACUGCAACUGUUUUCUCAAACGCCAAUAGCCGAGAAGCUCUCUGAAAAGAAUGAGGAACCUUAUCACAUUACUAUUACUUGGAUUAGAACAUUGCUUUCUUUUGAGAUUUUAAGGUCGGUACACACAUGUGUAAGAGGUUCCAGGACACCCUUCCGCAAAGUUCCACAACGGGAUUUCAUUGAUGACUGCCGCUUAAACGCUAGCCAAGCGUGUGUCCGCUGAUUUUAGAGGGUGAUGGUGGCGUGGGCAAAUUAGUAUUUUAGGAGCUUUUUAAUAUUUGUAUUCAUUUUUAAUCGAAAUGAAUUGUUUUUAAUUGAAAUGAAUUUUUUUUAAAUCGAAAUGAACAGGAGCUAUUGAAAUGAAAUGAGUGCUUUGACUGAAUAUAUAUAUAUAUGUAUUUUUUCUUCUUCAGCGAAACCAGUUGUAAAAAGGUUUUGAUAGUUAGUUUUGUUAUCAAUAAAAGGUUAUUAUUUAGUAGUUUACUUGGCUAUCCAUUCACAGUUCAGCACGAGCUAAACUCAACCUUUUUAAGCGUCUCAAUGUGCAUUGCCUAUCGAAAGUCGUUUCCGAAAGAGUGACAGAUUUUCGAGCACAAGGACUAAACAAUUCGCUCUUAUCAAUAAGUUAAAUUGCACAAUAUGAUGAUAAAAAUAGUUAGAUACCAAGAUACUAGAUACCAAGUUAUGGCCUUGUAUAAAUGCAGACUUCUGGUUUUGAAAUCAAUUUUCUGCCUAAGAAAUCAACGACGAAAAGUGCCAUUUUUGGGGAUGAAUUUCGGGCAAAAAACUGGCUUUAUGGACUUUGUUGCCAAACGAACAGCGAUUUAAAGUGGAAAUUGGGAGUUCCAGUUGGUUUGUUUGUUUUCAUAAUUACAAAAUCUACCAUUUAGUGUUAUGAAUAAAUGUUCAAAAGGUUAUAAGUAAAGUAAGACAAGAAGCAAAUAGGUAAUGCAUGUACAGUAUUUUUUACGCAUAUAUGCGGUGAAAGGUUUUAUGCGGUGUUAGGCUUUAAAGGGUUCAUCUAAAUUGCUUUUUGCCCGUAAGUUGACAUUAAGAUAUUGCAAACUCUGCAAACUAACGAUAAUUUAGAGUGAGAGUAAUAUUGGAAGGUUUUUUGUCAACCGAAGCAAAAGAUAAGAACUUAGAUAGGGAGGCUAGUGGUUACAAGCCCCGCGGAGCUUCAUGUUAAGCCAAAGCGCAAAACACGAAGGAGGGUGGCGAAUUUUGAAAUUAAAGACUAAGAGCGAAAUAUUCUUAAUUCAAUAUAAACAGCAACGUAUAGCUGGUCACCCUAGAGUGUUGACAGUGUUGCAGUGUGGGUGAAAAUACUUGUCACGUGACUUUUUGAAGCGAAAAUCUCAAAGCAGAAGCCACUCCUAACCUUAACUGUUAACUACUAAUUCACUUGGAGAUCAAAGCACCAAUAGCUAUUUUGUAAUCCUAAGAAGGCCCCUUGGUUAGAGUCUAGCUGGGCCUUACAUUUUCUGGGAGUGUCAAAUAUCUAGGUCACGCGAUACAAAUCGUUCCCAUAAAGCAUAGCAAUAUAUCUCUGCGACAACACACAUAAUACAAUACAACAACCUUUAUUACUUCUUUUGAAGGCUAUUCUGGAGUUCUUGUGUUACAUUGUUUUUAAGAGCAAAUCCGUGCAAAAAUCGACCAAAAUCGCCGAUUCGUGGCAAGGCUCAAAAACUCAAAAUCGCUCUUCUUUUGCAGACUGGUAGACUUUAGUAAGUAUACAAACGUUAUGUAUUUUUUUCUUCCAAAGAUCUGUUCGUUUCCGAGAAAAACGAAGAAAACCGUUUCAAGCCCCACCGUCGAUUUCGCAAGCCAAACACAGGGUGGAAAUUCAUCAUGAUUCGCUGGACUCGCGUUCCAAUACAACCGCGCUAGGAAGGAAACUUAUAGCUAAAAUUUUAAGUUUAACUCGUCGGUGAUCAAAAUAUAUAAUAUUUUUAGCAUUACAACCCUCUGAGUAAUUUUAAAAAAACUAAAGCGUACGGCUACCUGAUGUUUACCCACGAAAGGUCGUUGAAAACAGCGACGAUUUUCAUCAUGUGCCUUUGAUCAGAAUUUUUCCAGAUUAAGGGGAAAUGCACAACAGGCAUCAAACGUUUAUGUUGUGUAAAAAUUAUUUUGGGGAAAUCAUUUUGAGCUUCUCAGAAAUUAUUUGAAAAUCGUUUUACAGGCAACAUAAAGUAACGCCAUCUUUAACAUAUGCGUGACCAUCGUCAGUCGACCAGGCAAAGGUCAUCAAACGUCUGUCCUAAAAAGUCUUGCUAAUAUUCACGCACACAGUCCUAAAUGUUAAAGUACUUACCCUAUUCUUUGAUUCAGGUCUAGGUUUACGGCAAAAUGUUUCCCGUUGCCAUCUGUUCAAGUUUGCAUUCUAUAUUAAACUCUGUUUGAGACUCAUAACCAACACGCAUGCUUUCAAACGAAGUUCGCGUAUGUUAAUUCAGCACGUAGUAAACCCUCUCCUCCUUAUCUGUCAACAACUUUUGUCUCAAAAUGCUGCUGGACACCGCAGAAGGAAGCGUCAAUCUGAAGGAUGAACGCCCUACGGACUUUUUGUGACUCAGUAUGCAAAUUAGUUUCAAAAGUAAUAUCGGAUUACAGCUGUCAAGAUCCCGGGGCCCGGGGUCAGGAUCCGCUAAAAGCAGGCGAAAAGCAAACGUAAAACAUGCGUGUAAUACAAAAUUUUUGAAAAUGAAGAAUAUAAUUGGUAGCCUCGCUGAAGAUUUUCAUUGCUUCGAGACGUCGGCAUUAUCAAAUCAAAAGAUGUCUUAACAAAAUAUUGUGUACAUGUUUUCUUCCCAUCUUCACACGGUAGAACUUCCAAUAGUUGGCUGCACGUGGGUAAUCCUGGCCUGCACGUGCGUUAUUUCAGAGUGCCUUCUUAAUAAAGGACAAAAUUAAUGUAAUUUCUGCUGUUUUAAAUGUCACUUUUCGUGAAUUGAAACAAACAUUAUUUACAUUUUUUUGUUAGUACAUUUGAAAUAAGACAAUUUCCAAAACAAAAUCGAAGAAACAGCGGAGACAACAGAACCUCGGCCAUGAAGGAUCCGAUGGUGCCUUGCGAUCUUUAACCUGUGCCGAGUAAGACCAGGAAGCCAAUUUUGCACAGGUUUGCACAGGCCAAUUUUGAAUGAGCUACAAGUCAGUCGUUUGACGGAAAUGUAAAAAUAAUAAUAAAAAAAACGACAACAACAAAGCCAUCAGAACUGGACUAUGAUCUUUACUCUGGGGGAAAUCGGGUUUAAUUUCAAACUAAAAGUAAAACUGAAAAGUUUAUUUUAUCGGACAGAUUAGGUGGAUUGGUGCCGUACCCGGGAGACUCUGGGUUAUCUAAGAGAGUUGACAACUCUUGAAUCUAAGUGACUUAUUAGAAUAUAAUACAAUGAAUAAACUAAGAGUACCUGAACCUACAGGAAUGAGGAUACCGGUUUGCUGAUAGAUAUAUUCUGAAAUGUUCUUCUUCUAACUCCUUUGUCGGCUUUAACAGGCUUCCCUCUUCUUUCAAUUAUGUGAUUGGCGAUUUUCCUUUGGAACUUGGCACGAAUUGGAAUAACUGUUCGGUCGCCAUCCAAUACCGAGCUCAGAACGAUGGAAAGGGCAUAUAUUAAAGGAACUUAGGGCGCUUUCCAUCUGUCAGAACUGGCCGGCUGGACCAGUGCCCGACCAGUCAUUUUGAAAAUGAAAUAGGAUUUUUCCAAGAGUUUUUGCUUAAAAACGUUCUCUUUCGAGCAUACUAUUUCGGAUUUGACUGAUCUAGCUGAAGAGUUUGAUUAAAAGGGAAAUUAUCAUUGCGACGGGAAUGGUCUGGCUGGUCAGUUCUGAGCUAAAAUAAAGUCUGUUUCGCUUUCAAUACCAGAAAGAGACCAUGUCAACCUAUGCCCAGUUCCGUCCUUAAUAGUUUGACGACGACAAAGGAACAAUCUCAGUUGUUCUCUGCUUAUCCCUUCUAUAAAACGAACACAGAGUACCUACUAAUGACUCGAAGGAGCACGAACCUUCCAUAGCUUCAUCGAAGAAGAGCGCACACAAACAGUGUUUAUGCAAAGAUCUUUCUCUUUUUCAAGUGGGAAUGAACAGUUGAAUCAAAUUAAACUAAAUUUAAUUCGAUAAUGUUGAUCAGAUGCCUAAUACGUCAAAAUAUUAAAGAUGAUUCUCGGGUAAAAUAAUGUCAACUGGAGUGUUUUUGAAGAAGGAGGAUUAUAAAAGAUGAAUCUUCAUCAGUGUACUGGAAGUAACGGGUGAAAGUCGGUAAAGCUCGUCACGUGUAUUUCACCGGAAGUAGACUCUUGGCACACUGCUAUGCAAAUGAGAUUAAUUGAAGUGAACGGAUCCACGAGCAAGGAAACUUGCUUUGUUAAACUACCGAGUUUUAUUUUAUAGACGGCUUUUUUAAAGUCCAGGUUUCUCAAAAUUUUUAACAAGCAUGAGAUGUUAACUUGAAAACAUUAGAGAAAACAGAGGGAUGAAGAAAUUACCAGGAAGCUGUCACGCACCUCCAACGCACACAUUCCAGCGGACUUCACGACUACGGUAAGAUAGGUGAUAAGACAGCAAAAUGAAACAACUUGGAGCCUGAAGUACAACAGAUACAGGUUAAGGUGAGCUUUUCAAAAAAAUUGUUCUACAUAUCAAGAUUACCAGCGUUGUAAACGGAAACCUGAAGUCAAAUUGUUGGUGGUGGUCGCGUGACUCAUGUGUUGGAUGGCGUUAUUUUAUGUUGUCUGUAACAGGAAUUUCAAAUAAUUUCUGAGAAGCUCAAAAUGAUUUCCCCACAAUAAUUUUAACAUAACAUAAUAGUUUGAUGCUUGUAGUGUUUUCCCCUUCAAUCCUGAAAAAUUCUGAUCAAAGGCACAUGAUAAAAAUGGGCACUUUUUUCAACUACCUUCCGUGGUUGAACAACAGGUAGACAUACGCUUUAGCUUUUAUAUAAUUACUCAGACUGUUGUAAUGCUAAAAAUAUUAUAUAUUUUGGUCAACGACGAGUUAUAAUUACAAUUUUAGCAACAAGCUUUUUUUCUCGCGCGGUUGUUUUGAAAUGCAAGUCGAGCGAAUCAUAGUGAAUUUCAACCAUGUUUUCGGCUUGUGAAAUCGACGGCGGGGCUUGAAACGGUUUUCUUAUUUUUCUCGGAAACGAACAGAUCUUUCAAAGACAAAGCUACAUGGCGUUUGUACACUUACUAAAGUCUAUCAGUAUGCAAAAGAAGAGCGAUUUUUAUUUUUUGAGCCUUGCCGCACUUUGGUCGAUAUUUGCAUGGAGUUGCUCUUAAUUCACUGAGUCAAGUGAUUCGCUAAUUCUCCAUUGUUUUUUGCAUAGUCAGACGUUGGGUUGUGUUGCAGUUCUGAAAAAGGAAAUGCGUGGGAGAUCUGGCUACCAGAUUACCGUGUACAUUUUGGGGUUUGAUUGCCUCAGAGAGGCCCUCAGAGACCUUAGAAGACCUAAAACCGACCCCAUGUGAGGGAGUCUGGAUUUUGGAAUCCGUGAAAGUUUUGAAUGUGGUAUCCGGAUUACUGGGCUUUGGAAUCCUGAAUGUAGCUCAAGGAGUUCCGGAAUCCAGUCACUGGAUCCAGAAUUCACGGCGUGGAAUCCAGAAUCCAACACUGUCUUGGAUUCUCUUACAUGGGGCGAUAGAGUCAUGCCGGGUGCAUUUGGCAUGGUUGAGGGCCCAGUUACCUUAUUAUCCCAGGCUGUGUAACAAAAGCAAUACCUCCAGCUAAUUAAAAUUUUGAGCGGCGAGGGUAAACACCGCUUAAAGGUGUUUGUCUGAGUUUUCUAGUCAGAUUUUUUUGGGGGAAUCUGAGUUUUCCAUAUUUGGCGAGGUCUGCAUAAUUUCUUGCUCUUUAAGAAUUGGAUCCUUUGCGGUUUUUUCUUUCAAAAACACCCAAAUUUACCGAAAAUUAAUCAUCCUUCACUGACCUAAAAAAGACCCAAAUGAUGAAUAGUCAUGCCAUAAAUUGCACCAAGCGAUCGAGUUCAAAGAUCAAAAGAAGAUGCUAGAGUCACGAACCGACGAAAUUCGAAAGAUGCAUGAUUUUGUCUGUCUGUUCGCUUCCUGUUCAACUGACGAUUAAUCAGUUUUUUUAAAAAAGUUAUUUAAGCCAGGUUCGAAAGAAAACUGGACACAAGCAUAACUCCCUUUAGAGGAGUGGGGAGGUACAGGAGCGUAAAUCUCCCUCCUCCCAACUUUUUCAGUCAAUUAAUUCCUCCCUCCUCCCUACUUUUUCGGGCCAUUUCUCCCUCCUCUCUAUUGUGUACGUCCCCCCUCUUAGAGGAGCCUUCGUACAAUUCACGACAUUUACAAAUGACAAAUAACGAAUCACGGUAAUUAGCAUUCCCAUUUCACGCUUCACGGUAAUAAACAUGAAAGUGAUAAAAGAUCUAAGUCUUUUGAAAUAUUUCCAUUGAGAAUUUCUUUCUUAUUUCAUGCCCGAGCGUCAAUUACAACGUUUUUUUACUCCAUGGAAGAAAAAGGUCAAAACCCAUGAACGAGCAAAGCUGUAUCGUUGAGUUCAUCUCGUGGCUUUACUGAAGUACAGUUUGUCAGUGUCUAUUUGUUUGAUCUGAUUGAUAACCUGAGCUUAGACUCUAAGCUAAGGAUAUGUUCACACCAUGUCGGAUAGCUUUGGCGCUGCCACGAGACCAUGGGUUUCUGUAACGAAGCAAAGCAACGCCGCCCGGCGCGCCGAUCUCCAAAGUGAAGAGUGACAUAUCAGAUAGGUGUUCAUAUUAUACAGGAAAGCUCCUCGUGUUGGCCAGCCUUUCUCCGAGAAUCGUCGGACAUUCGUUCUUCUUAUUUUACGCAUGGUAAACAGUUUUUGCAGCAGAAAAAAAAAAUUAACAAGUUUCAAGUAUUACAAAGGAUACGAGGAGGUGAAUAAUUUUACAGUCCACAGAUCAGAGCAGCUACAAAAUGUUAAAAAUUUUUCUUGAACGAGGGCACUUUCUUUACAGCCAUGGCAUGGGCUAAUAGAGUUCCUUUGCAGAAAUGCUUGAUACUCUCUUUAUAUUAGAAUAUUUUAAGAAUAAACCCUAAGCUGAAAAGGAAUCAAUUUUGUGUUUGAAAAUCUAUAAAUACAAUACAAUUUAUGUUUUUAACUCAGCCGUAUAAAAUUUAUUAUUCCUUUCACUAAACGGCAAGAACGCUCUUAAUUGAAACCCCAAGACAUUCUAAAGCGGAAACGCCAUAAGCUAUUAUUUAGUAUUAAGAAUAUUUUCAGCCUAAGAUCAACAGAAAAAUAAGAAAUUUCAGCCUGGGCCGGAAAAACAACAUUCUUAUAUAAAAAGAGAAUGUUCGAUUUGUUCAAAAUAGCCAUUCUUAAUUUCAAGGAAACAAAGCCGAUUGAGGUUGUGAGUUGCAGUCAUCCAUUUCUUUCUUUAAAGUCUACCGGUUCUUUUCAGUUUGUUCGCAGAACGUGAAAUGCGUUUAGCAUACGUCAUGACUUCUCUGUAGCCCGCAGCAUGAUUUAAUUGUACUAUAAAAUGAGCCACUCUCUCCCUCAUUGAUUGUAGUCUACGAAGACGCUUGCUGCAACUACUCUUGUCAGUUUCUCACUUACCAACUCGGAACCUGCAAUACGUAAGUACUUAGAAAGUAGACCUUUGUCAAAAAUAGUUAUCGCAAUUAAUAGAUGUAGACAGAAAAGUCUACGAACAAAUGGUUACUCUCUAUUACCAAUUGUGCGUGAAUUCCCAAAUUUAUACAGAUUUUGUUCAAGUUUUUACACUGAAUUUAUGUUCGACUUCAUGAUCACGAUCUUACAGACCUUGUUUCCCCUUUGCAAAAGGCAAAAGACUUAAAUACUCAUUCAACUGAAAUUUCUACUUGCCUACGCACUUCAGUGGACAGCUUCGCGAUUACCGAAUCUCUUUUAUUCAGGCCGGCAUGACCACACGAAUCCUGAGAGAAAUCCUGAGAAAAAUUGAAACGGCAUAUUUUUUUUUUUGUCACGCUUUGGCUGAGAUUCGACAACUGGCAUGGUGAUAAAGAUCGCGCUUUAUCUUGAGUUGUUUCGCUUCUUACAGUUCGUUGUCAAACAAGACAAAAGUUCUCUAUGCAGUUCCUUAUCUCACCUUCACUGCUCUCGCCCGCCUUGGCUUGUUUGCGCGCCCGACCAAAACCGCCAUGCUGCGUGCAGGUCACAAGUUCAUCUUCUUCUGUCACAGUUUGUAGCGCUGGGAGAGACAUUGCUGAGAACGCUGACAAAGGCAUGGAAGUAUGUAGGCACGGG